UCCACUAAAACCAAUGACAACUGCGUGCCGCUUUCAAGAGAUUGUUAAAUACCUGUUAACUAUUUGUUUGUAGUAAUAUCACCUCUUUAAGAGCGUAGUCAGAACUCCAAAUGUCUGAGUAUUCCAUGCAAAACAAAUAACACAUUUAGCUCUAUCAGUUACAUUAUCAGCAUUUGCCGAUGUAAAGUUACUGUUGGCUGAUAAUGUGUUUACUUUGCAAGCUACCGGUAGAAACGUUGUACAGUUGGCUAAACAGUGGUAAGUAGACCUAAUGUACUUUUUCUACAAUUAACGCAGGCCUACCUAGCGAAGUUAGCUAACGUUUUCCCCUUUUCAACAUUGAUUUUAGUAGCAUUUAAGAAUUGCUGCAGACAUACAUGAUAGGCUACAUUGACUGAUGGACCACGUUUAAUUUGCUUGCUAGUUAGCUAGCUAAUAACAGAUCACGUCAAUAUGGCUAGUUAACAAGCUAACUUUCAGGGUAUAAACUAGAUGGCUAUAUCCAGAUAUUGUUUGAUUUGCUUUCCACAUACUGUAGUGGUGAUGACAGUAGUCCGACUGGCAACUUUACCAGGAGGACUUACCGAUGUCAAGCUCUUUCCGAAAGCCUAAUAUCCGAUGAAGCAAGAUGAAUUACACAUUGUUUGCUUAGCGUUACAUGCCAUAUGGAAAAAAUGAUCAGUUGAAUUUUACGGAUCAUGAAAACCAUGCAGUUGUUUGCUGUAUAACUCAGAUGAUAGAGCAAAAUGUGGAAUAAUCGGAAAUAUGUAGUUCUGACUAUGCUCUUCAAUGUGAUAAUAUUAAAACCAAAUAGUUAUAAACAUUUAUUUAACAAUCCUUUGAAAAGGGUACUGUAGUUGUCAAUGGUUUUAGCCGAGCUGGGGGUUUCCUUGCUCCCCAGCAGCCAAAUUGAACGCUCUGCACCGGUAUUGUGACGUUCUGUUGAUAAUGACCUGCUAUAUAUACACACUCCGACGUCAUAGGCGGAGUUGGCUGCUUGUGCCCUCAUGACAAGUUUCGAACGUGAAAACGAGAUUGCUGCCUAGAUACCUGUAGUCGGUUGACCAAAACUGACUUAUCAGACUACGGGUAAAUAGUGGAGAAAGUACCGGAAAUACUAUCGAAAAGGUAUCCGAAGGCAGUUAUUUUCCUUAAAUGCUUUUAAGUUAGUGUAACCAUGCACUGUUUGAAAAUAUUACGGGUGACCAACGCAGCAGCUGUUGAAACUUUGAAAGACACGACUAAAAUAGUUUUCAAAAAGGUUUGUUAUAACGGUUUAUUACCGUGUUGUCGUCGUAAUGUUAAAGUUCAACCGGCACAAUAUUUCAACACAAGCUCAACAGAUCAGCACCGAGUCGGAACAACCUCAGACAUGGACCACGUGCUUUCCAAACUGAGCAGUGGGAAGGGUCUCUUCUCAGAGGUAGAAGAUAUGCUCUUCUACACCAUCACAGAGGGCCAGAAACAAGUCCCCGUCUCACACUUUAUCUCUGCCCUCAAGAGGACUGGUCUUAAUGAAUCCGACCCGCGACUGAAGGACUGUAUGGACAAGCUGCAACGCUCUGUAGCGGAAUCCUUUCAUGACGUCAUGAUGGACCGGGAACUCUUCCAUAAGUGCGUAGGUGGGAACAUAGUGCUUCUGAUCCAGGCCUUCAGAAAGAAGUUUAUCAUCCCUGAGUUUGAUUCCUUUGUAACAAAGAUAGAUCAAAUCUACGACACCGUCCAGAAAAACCACAACGGACAUGUAGCAGUCUACAUUCCUCACCUGGCCAAGUUCAGUCCUGAUCUCUGGGGUGUGUCCCUGUGUACAGUGGAUGGACAAAGACACUCAGUAGGGGACACUAAGCAGCCCUUCUGUCUCCAGUCGUGUGUGAAGCCACUGGAGUAUGCUGUGGCCAUCCACGAGGCUGGGACAGAGAAGGUACACCGCUAUGUGGGGAUGGAGCCCAGCGGACUCAAAUUCAACAAGCUCUACCUGGAUGAGGAAGACAAACCCCACAACCCCAUGGUGAAUGCUGGAGCCAUUGUGAUUAGCUCUCUUAUCAAGCCCGGUUCAAAUAAGGCAGAGAAGUUUGACUAUAUGAUGGAGUUUAUCAAGAAGAUGGCCGGUCGAGAGUACGUGGGGUUCAGCAAUGCCACGUUCCAGUCUGAAAAAGAAACAGGCGACAGAAAUUUUGCAAUUGGAUACUACCUCAAAGAGAAGAAGUGUUUUCCCACUGGGGCCGAAAUGAUUGAUGCGCUGGACUUCUAUUUCCAGCUGUGUUCCAUAGAGGUGACCUGUGAGUCUGGGAGUGUCAUGGCCGCCACGCUGGCCCACGGGGGGAUCUGCCCAAUCACCGGCGAGCGCGUCCUGAGUGCCGAGGCUGUAAGGAACACCCUGAGUCUCAUGCACUCUUGCGGCAUGUACGACUUCUCUGGACAGAUGGCCUUCCAUGUGGGCUUGCCUGCUAAGUCUGGGGUGUCAGGAGCAGUUCUGUUGGUGGUUCCUAACGUCAUGGGAGUGAUGUGUUGGUCUCCUCCGUUAGACAGGGUUGGAAACAGUGUCCGGGGAAUACACUUCUGCCAGGAGCUGGUGUCUUCGUUUAACUUCCACAACUAUGACAACCUGAGACACUUGGUCAAGAAGCAGGACCCUCGAAGGCAGGACGGGGAUGAUAGGAACAAAUCUGUGGUGAGCCUGAUGUUUGCAGCCUACAGUGGAGAUGUGUCAGCCCUCAGAAGGUUUGCUCUGUCAUUGAUGGACAUGGAGCUGAAGGACUAUGACUCUAGGACCGCGCUACACGUGGCUGCUGGUGAGGGCCAUGUGGAUGUGGUACGGUUCCUAACAGACGCCUGCAAAGUGAACCCCUUUGUGAAAGACCGGUGGGGCAACAUUCCCCUCGAUGAUGCCAUGCAGUUUGGCCACAGUGCCGUGGUGAAGGUCCUACAGGAUUACCAGGUGGCCUGCCAGGAACAGGAGAGACUACCAGUGGCUGAUACCAUACCCAUAGCCCCCAAACUAGAGACUGUAGAAGGCAUGGUGUGAUCACGGGCCGUAUGUGUCAAGCGUCUCCCAUUAGGAGUGCUGAUCCGAGAUCAAUUUUUGCGUAAUGAAACACAUUAUUAUAGACGCGGAGAACAGUGAUUGUAGAUCAACACCCCACCUUGAUAAAUGGGUCCAGGACCAUCAGGAUCUAUUAAUUAGGCCCCAAACAGAAGAAAACAGAUUGAAACAUGGAGAGACUUCCUCAAGUUGUCCAAUAAAAACAAAAACAUUCAUUUUAAUUUCUGUUGCAAAUAAGUGUGUGUCCCAAGUGGCAUUCUAUUUCCUAUAGACCUUUAGUGCACUACUAUUGGUUAGUAGUGUGUGUGUGUGUGUAGGGAAUAGGGUGCUAUUUGGGAUGCUCCCGAGUGUUAUUCCUCCCAUCAGGACUUUCUCUGGGUACAUCCCAAUAAUGUCUCCUUUCUCCUGAAGUGUUCACUACUUCCCACAAAUCUAAAAUAGUUGAAUUAAUGGAGGCACGGGCUAGUUUCUUAUACCAGUCAUUACCUUUAAUAUUGGUGAAGGGAAGUUAACAAGUGCACACUUUGAGAGGAAGGAGAGAUAAUUGGGGCAGAGUCCCCUAUCUUGUAUGCAGUAUUUACUCCUCUCAUUCAGUCAGAGAUAAGACUUGUAACAACAAUUGUUGGGCUGCAUUCCGGUACAUAUACUGAUUCUAACUAUUACGAACUUAGCAGAGGUCAUUUUGUCAACAAUAACGAAAAAUAUUCGGCCACAACUUAUUUUUCCUGACUAAAACUAUGACAAGACGCCCAGGGGGGAAAAAAAUCAACUUACAAAUAGUUUUUAAUUUUAGUUGACGUUAAAUGUAACAAGAUGAGAAGUUCACCUGAGACUAAUGGUCAUUCGAUUUGACAUGACGCUCCUUCUGAUCUGUUUCGUCCAAUCAGAAGCAUGCAUGCCUUUUAAUGCAAUCGUCUCUCUGACAGAAUGAACGUUCUUUCAUGUGCGCAGUCUACUUGAGCUUAUUAUAGCCCUGCCCGCCCUUCCAACAUACACAGCUCCCGGCGGUCACUUCAAUCGUCUCUCUUUUCAUCUGAUGCGCAGGCAGGGAACUUCUAAAUUGUAGCUAACCUCUAUUCUGUUAAGAACCAAUGUUCAAACUGGCCAUUUUUGCUUUGAUCACUUCCAAAGCCAUAUUUUGCCAUUUGCGCUGAUAUUCAUCUGUGUUGCUACUCUCGCGUUCCGCAAAUGCGAGUUGCAGUUCAUUUUUACCCGAUUGGAAAUACUACUGCUAUUUACUGAAUAUCAGGAGUACAACAAUAAUUCUGGCAUUGCUGGAAAACUCAGAUUCUCCCCUUUUUCAAUUGAUUCGCAGAAUAUGCACAUGGUGGAAGUUAGGGGUAGCCUAAAUAUUAAUUAUUUAAUGGAAAAAUGACUAAAUGACUGUGACUAAAACCAGACAUAAAUUGUCCAGAGUUUGGACUGAUAAUCUUAAACUAAGAAGGAUAAAAUGACUAAAAUGUGACUAAGAUGAAAAGCCAUUUUAGUAAAAAGACAAACUAAUUCUAAAAUAGAUGCCAAAAUUAACACUGCUGGGUACCCGUCUGUUUGUGGCAUCAAGGUAUAACCGGGAGUUCACACGAUAGCACAGACAGUUCUGGGACCUUUUGCCAAUUCAUAUACGUCACUUUCACAACACACAACUGACCUAUACUAUACCUUUUUUUAAGGGCAUCAUGAAAUGCCCUAAUACAGCUUGCCAAUAUCUUUGGCUUUGCUGUGUAUUGGGGAACAUUAGCACGUUGUUGAUACAUUAGCUGAGGUUGUGCUACAACAGACGGAUACUUCUAAGAUCCAGUAAUGAAGGAGUUCAGAUGUCAUGGUGACUGUUGUUUCAGUCAUGUGUUUGGCCUCAUUUGAGUACCUGGGGCUCUGUUGCAAUAUCACUCGGAGUGAAGCAAUGUAUUGGCUAUGCAUUCUCAGUGGUGUGUGUGUGUGUAGCAGCAGAAAGAAUGGUCAACUCUCAAACUGAUGGUUCAUGAAAGUUUAAUGCGGUACCAUUUCCAUAAACACACCGUAAGAGCUGAUGGAGAAACAAACCAAAAAUGCUCUUACAAUACAGUCCGCAAACAAUACACUUUUACACAACUUUACAUUAGCGUGCUUCAUACAUCAAAUGCAUCAAUAUGUAUGAGAAUGUCUACCCCAAAUAGUUGAUUACGAUGCUAAUUGCUUGCUAAUGUGGCGCGAGAUGAACUACUAUAUUAGCCAGCACAAAGUGGCGCUAGGCUACAGCUAAUAACGUCAUAUUGCUAGCAGACUUUAGAACAUCAGUUACAACACAAAUAUCCGUUCAGUGUACGUUCAAAAAUAAUUAGAUUUGAAAUAAGACCAAUAUUGAAAAACAGUAAAUACCUUGCUCUCUUUCCAGUUAGGUGCUAAGUUUGACGUUGUUUUCUUGAAUACUUGGAACAACCUCCUUCACAAAAAGUUAUUUUCCUUUUUCUCCCGUGCCCGUUUCCCAUAUACCCUUUGACCUUAUAUCAGAGAAGGCAAAAAAAAAAUCUGCUGUCAAAAUAAGUCACACUAAACUGUUAAAUAUACAGUGAGGUUUGAAAGAUCUUCUUUUUUUUUUUUACGAGAGUCCAAAUAUUGAGCAGACAUUGAUCUGGCACUCGUUUUUAGGGGUUAAUUUACAGUCUGCUAGAAUGGACAUUGGGACGUCGCUGGAGUUUGUUCAUAUUUAGUUACAUAUUUCUAAAGAGAACAUGUCUACAAGUCUGUGCCUUACUUUAUUUAACUUGAUCCUUUAUGUACAUUAUUGGAGAUCUACGUCCAUGAAUGUAACACGUACCAAUAAAUGUAGUUAACCAAUGUGGAACGUUGAGAUACGAGGGGAAACUGUGACUACAGCAUUCCUCUGGUGUGAAAUCGAGCACAUGUGCAAACAUUGAAUUGGACUUUGUGUAAAUACUGUAUUGCUUACAUGUAAAUAAGUGUAUUCCCUAAUGCCUGAUUCUUUUGUUGAAGAUAUUCUCUAGCAACACUGUGUGGUAUGUUUUAACUUGUUCUUCAUCACUUCAAUUCACUGGUGGGAUUUUUAUGUCAUGAUUAUUUUAAAUGUCUGAAUUAUGAAAGAGAUGAUCUAUUAAAACUCUGACCCCC